AUGGAGGUAGUGUCGGUUCAAUCGACCGGCAUGCUGCCCUAUCAGACACCGACCGCAGAGGCAAUAUCCCCUACGACUGUCGUGCCCCAGCGUGCCUCAGCCGGCAUUUCGGGUGCAGGGGGCCACAGCACGAGCAGAGCAGGCCGAGUGGUGGGCGUUGCGGCUCUGAUGGCUUCCUGGCGCAUAGCAUCUCGCAGGGGCAAAGUCGCUCGAAAGGCUGACGAGCAGCCCUCUUACCAUGACAAUCGGUGCCUGCCCGACGGCACUCCGCUCGAGUCUGCUGGCAACAUGUCCAUUCGGCCCGAGCGACCACCGAAAGAACCUUUCGUCGCUCAGCCACAGUCCUACGAGCACGUCCUGGACGGAUGCCUACCAGACGGCACGCCUAUCUCCAAGUCCCGUUCCUACAGCGCUCAUAGUCAAGCUCUGGCGGAAGCAGUUCAAGAUUGCCUACCAGAUGGCACGCCGUUGGGGCAGGUCGGCAACCGAUUCAUCAAACCCCAGGCACCGCCCCCAACAACUCUGCCACGAGCCAGCCGAUUCAUCAAGCCCGAGCAGGCGCCAGGCAACCAAUCUAUCAAGCCGCAGAUGCAACCAACAGCACCGCCUCGAGUCAGCCGAUUCAUCAAGUCCGAGGAUCUUCCAAAACCUACGCCGUCACGUGCAUCGACUGGCCCAAGAUUGCCGGCUCCGAUGGAUCCGCUACAGGCUGCUCGUGAAGGGCCGGCCGUUCCGGAUAUUCAAAGUGCCAUGUCUUACCGCAACUUCGUCAGGGUGUCUCUGGAUGGCACACCUGGUGACACUCCACGCAAGGAUGCGGACCAAAAGAAGAACAGGACAGCAGAGAAGAACGCAGAUGCUGCUGCUGUUCCUGCUCUGUCGGACGACCCAACAAAGAAGGAGAUGGAAGCUGCGAUUGCAGCUCUGAACGCAAUGAUGGAGCUCCCCAGUGCGACGCCAGCGGCGCCGGAGCACAACCCUCCUCUCGUCGCAGCAGCCUUGGUGUCUGAGUUUGAGGACACCUCCGUUGCUGUUGCCGAAGCCGUCGUCGAGUCUGAGGACACCUCUCUUCUAGAUGAAGAAGUCGUGGUCUCCGAGUUUGAUGACGCCUCCCUACCAUGUGCGGUUGAACCCGUUGUUUCCGAGUCUCAGCACGCAGCGCUGGCGCCUCCCAGCACCAAGAGUGCCGUUGUUGACGAGGUUGUCACUGCCAUGAGGGAAAUGCGCGAGGAAGGUGACGCCAAGGUCGAGAAAGAGAACGAUGUCCCCAGUGAGCCGGCAUGGGAGGUUCCUGAAAGAUUGGCAGCCGCCGCGACCUUUGCUGCCUCCCUCGUUUUCGUGAACGCCGCUUUCUUCUCCGAUGUAGGGACCCAGAUCAGAUCGAGCCCAACCCCUGUGGCAGCCGUCCGACCAUCAGCGACGCUUCCAUCAAACCAGGGGCUAACAGGGGCGACUCUCCCUUCCGCACAGUUAGAAGGGAGUUUGAGCUGA